UAUCAAUCAGAUGAAUUAUUCAAUACGAAGUCAGAGAUAUAUGGAUAGAAGAAUUUAUUUGAAGUGAUAUAUAAAUAUUGAGUAGGACCCAUGAUAAGCACUCCCACAUGAGACCCAUGUGAGUAUCACAUGGAGGAGGGCCUGAUGUGAUAUGGUAACUUCUCUUUAAGAUGGGAGGUCAUUCUCAAGAGAGAGAGGGAGACCAUUCUUUUCUUACGAGAUCCUAGGGAAGGGCCAAUUCCUACAAGUUCAUAUUACUUUUCUUCAUUCUUCUUUUUCUUUAAGUUUGGAGCUCAAUUAAUGGCUCCAAACUCCCCCCAGGAUUAAUAAAAGUCUCCCCUUGACAUGGCAUCGCCUAAAAAGGCUCGUAGUUUUUUUCCCAUUUUUGGUUUUCACAAAUAAAUAUUUUCUUUCCGCUUUAUUAAUUUAUUUAUUUUCUGGAUUUCGCUAUUCGGUGUGUGCCGACCCGGUACCGAGUGCGUUGGGUCGACUCCCCGAAAAUGCGGCUUCCAUCACUAACAUUUUAUAUAAGUGUGAUGCGUUAUAAUGAUACACAAUGUCAUUGCAAAUUUUUUUAAUUAAACUAACUUUUUUUUGUGUACAUUUGGCAUGCUUGUAUCUCUUUGGAACAAGAUAAUACGGAGGAUUUCUGUUUUCGAAUGGUGAGAUUUACAGACAACGGGAGUAGCCAUUUUUCUGCAGGAAACCUCACAUAUUCCGUGGCGCCUCAGAAGUCAGACCACCCCCUUAGAGUGCUCCAGCCUCCAUUACUUGCUACAUGAUCAAACGGCUGCUGCUCUCUUCCUCCCCUUCCCGCCUAAUUCUUUCUUACCAGGCCAACAACUUCCGCAAUUCUGACUUCAUCUCCUUUUCCUCGCCUUUGUCCCUCGGCCUCCGGCGGCCGAUCGGAUAUUCCAGAGUCUUCGCCAUGGCCGACGACCGCCACUCUCCCGGAAAGGCGCCGUCCGGUUCCCGCAACCACACCAACCGCCUCUCUGCCGAGCACAGUCCUUACCUGCUUCAGCACGCCCACAAUCCUGUCGAUUGGUAUCCAUGGGGCGAGGAGGCAUUUUUUGAAGCUCGUAAAAGAGAUGUUCCCAUCUUUCUAUCUAUUGGGUACAGCACAUGCCAUUGGUGUCAUGUAAUGGAGGUGGAGUCUUUUGAGGAUGAAGAGGUUGCGAGAUUGCUUAAUGACUCUUUUAUAAGUAUCAAGGUGGACCGAGAAGAAAGACCGGAUGUAGAUAAGGCACGUGGCACAAUUGUGUUUGGCUUAUGAAUAUGGACCCAACAGAUAAUCAUGUUAAGUUGAUUGCGUUAGCCGAUAAUCGAUCUUCUUAUUGGGAUGGAUAAUAGGUAAAUUAU